AUGGCGUCCAUAUUAUUUUGGAAUUGUAGAGGAGCUAGAAAGAAGCAAGCUUCUCUAUACCUUAAGGAGAUGGUGAAGGACUAUAAGGUGUUCUUUGUGGGACUUUUAGAAACAAAAGUCUCUAAUUUCAGCAAAUCUGAAAUAGAAAACUUAAUUGGAAAAGAUUGGAACUUUUUUCAAGUUCCUGCUAUUGGGUUAUCUGGAGGGAUAAUAGUAUUGUGGAAAUACAAGUUAGCUUCUUUUACUUGUUUAUCUUCUUCUAAUCAAGUUAUCAUAGGGGACCUGGAAAUUAUGGAGAAAGGUAGAUGGAGAGUAGCAACAGUGUAUAGAGGUAAAGAUACGAUUCAUAGAAGACUCAUUUGGGAGAAGCUAAAAGAAUUCAGAUCUAACAAUAUUCCUCUUUUAUUGAGAGGAGAUUUCAAUUGUGUUUUGGCUAAAGAAGAGAAGAAAGGAGGAAGACCUUUUCAAUUCUCUCAAGGGCCUAGAGAAAUGAGUUCAUUCCUUGCUAGAAGUGGUCUACAUGAGGUUAGUUUCAUUGGACCAAAAUUCACUUGGUGCAACAACAAAGAUGACAAUGCUAGAAUUCUUGAAAGACUAGAUAGAUGCAAUGCUAAUUCAGUUGCUUUGAAGAAUAAUCAGAUGGUGUUGAGACACCUUUCAAGGGUUGCAUCUGAUCAUAACCCUAUAUUAUUGAAUUUUUUGGAAGAAAACUUUGUUUCAGAUAAGAUCAUAAGGUUUGAAGAAGUCUAG